CGAGGCUGUCGACCAAGAUUUAAUUUUGGCGCGAUUUUAAUCGAAAUGCCACGAUACGAUACGAGACGUGCAGGCGCAUGCGUGCUGGACUGCUGGUGUGAACGCGUGUGCGCGUAAUGGCGGACGGCAGCAAAAAGUUGUUUGGCGGUUUGUCGGCAUAUCUAUCGACUUUUGGAGGGAGAGAUUUUACUGGACAUACAAACCGCAUUUUAAAUUUUUUGUUCAUUUAUUCUCUUGCAACUAAUUGGAAUUUUUGUGGCAAACGAGGUGAGAAAAAGGCUUUUAAAAACUUAAACGUAAAGGAUGUGAUUAUUGGUGCUGUAAGAAAAAGCUCCCCUCUAGUCAGUCAGAAAGAAAUAGAAGAUACCAUCAAGGUGUGGUUGAAACAUGCACCAGAGAAAUUGAAAAAGCAGCAGCAUGGCAACCCGUAAGAAAAAAAGUGUUGUUAGUCAAAGACAACUCUACAGAAGGGUGGCAGAAGCAAAUUUAGCACCUGUGAGUCAGAAUUGUUAUAAUACAUCUUUAAUAGUUAAUAAUGAUUCCAAUGAAUCAUCAAAUUCCGUUUUUUUUUGCUGGUUCAAUGUGUGAAAGUGAAAAUGACACCUGUUCCUCAAGAGAUUUAGAUUUUAAUGUAAACUCGCCUAAUGAAAAUUUGCUCUUCAAUGAUGCGACGUUAUACAACCAUUUGACUUCCUAUUCCAGUAACGUGCCCCCUAACGAUUUAUUUUCUAAUGAACCGCCGCCUAGCGAUUUGCAUUCGAAAUUGUCAAACUGGGCAGCUUCAAGGUACGUUCGACUUACAGUAGUUACUCAUCUCUUGCAUUAUCUCCACCAUUUAAAAUCGUUAGUUCAGUCUCCGAAUAAACCGUUACAACAGAUUAAUAGACGCUUAAAAGAAAUUGAAAUGACAGUGUACGAAAAACAUGACUCUACUUCACCUGAUGAUGAACACUUCUGUAAAUGUGAAUUGUCCCAUUUCUUAGGACCAACGCCAAAUUUCUCUUGCAAGCAGUAUAAAAAGCUUCAUUAUAAAGAUUUUAUUUUUUCUAUUGCAUCAUAUUCAGAAGCAAAUUGUUUUUGUCUUACCUUAGAAGGACUGGUUUUCAAAAUAGAAAAUGUAGUGGAUAAUAAUGGAGCAGUUUUUAUAUUAGGUAGGAGGUUUCAGGAUUACCGUUCAUUUUACAAAUACCCUGUCGACUCAAAAGAAUUUAUCCAAAAUUUAUCAGAGUAUAUCGAGUUAUUGCACUGCCACAAAGUUUUUUCGAAAUGUAUUGUUUUUCCUUUCAAGCAGGAAUGGUUGUCAUUUCCAUUAUUGCAUCAUUAGUAAUUCCUUAUUUCAACUUUUAUGUUCUAUAAGUGUAAUAGUAUGUAGUUUUUUAAGAUUUUGUAAUAAACUGGUAUUAAUUUGAA